AUGAGCUGCUGCGGGGGGGCGCUGGGGGUCUUGGCGCUGCUGCUGCGCCUGCUGGGGCUGGAGGCGACCGGGAGCGCCGGCGGCGGCUGGCCUUCCUCCCGGCGGCCGGGGAGGGCGCACUCGCUGCGCUACUUCUUCACGGGGGUGUCGCCGGAGGCGGCGGCGGGCGUGUCUCUGCCGGAGUUCCUGAUCGUGGGCUACCUGGACGACCAGCGCUUCGUGCAGUACGACAGCAGGCGGCGGCGGGACGUGCCGCAGAGCGGCUGGAUCGAGGCGGCCGAGCAGGAGGACCCCGCCUACUGGGACUGGCAGAGCCACCUCUCCCGCCACUGGGAGCUCUUCUUCCGCCUCAACCUCUGGAGCCGCCACAACCACAGCCACGGCUUCCACACCUGGCAGUGGAUGCACGGCUGCGAGCUCAGCAGGGAGGGGCACAGGAGGGGCUACUCCCAGUUCGCCUAUGACGGGAAGGACUACCUCAGCCUGGACCAGGAGACCCUCACCUGGACGGCCACCGACAGCCGGGCCCAGGUGACCAAGCGCAGGUGGGACGCAGACCGAGUCUGGACCGAGGGGCGCAGGAACUUCGUGGAGGAGCGCUGUGUGGAGUGGCUCCAGAAAUACCUGGACUACGGGAAGGAGACCCUGCUGAGGACAGAGCCUCCGGUGGUGCGAGUGGGGCGGCAGGUGGGCUACGACGGCCUGGAGCUCCUGGUCUGCCAGGCCUACGGCUUCUACCCCAAGGAGAUCAACGCUGUCUGGAAGAAGGACGGGGAGGUGUGGGGGCAGGACACUUCCCACAGCAGGGUGGUCCCCAACGCGGACGGGACGUACCACACCUGGAUCAGCGUCACAGUCGACCCCAAGGAUCGGGCUCGCUAUCGGUGCCAUGUGGAACACGACGGCCUGCAGAAGCCUGUGGAGGCAGCCUGGGAGGAAGCUGCCUCUGCGUGGCCCAUCGUGGGGGGCAUCUUGGGGGUCACAGCUGUUGUUCUGCUGGGGGUCGGAAUCGUCGUCUGCGCCAAGAAAAUAGGAGCAGAGGACUACGCAGCAGCACCAAGACAUGACCGAGAGACAGAGCUGCACAGUGGGGCCUGACUGCCAGUUGGAGUCCCUGGAGGGUGUUGGGUGAGCAGCUGGGACCUCCUGCCAGCCCUGAGUCUGGCCUGGCCUGCUCCUGUCCCUCAGCAACACCAGCAGGCCUUCAGCUGGAAACCCAGUUUGGGUUGGGAGGAAACGGCAUCGCUGUGGACUUUCUGGAGUAUUUGGCUUGGCUGGGCACGUGCCCGUUCUGGCAGCCAGAGAUGCCGGCUUGCUCGAAACAGUCAGCUGUGUGUGUGUGCAUGAGGGAGACAGCAUGGGCUAUUUGGCCAGGCUGGGGGUUGGUCCAUUUUGCUCUUCUAACGUUUUGACCACUUAUGACGUUUUCUUUUUGGCUUGCUGCCUCUGUAGAAUUCUGACUGAAGUCUUUACAUCUACUGGGAUGGUGUUGUUUUGUGGCAUGUUACAGGGUUCUUUUUCCUGGAGCAGGAAAACAGGGAUACAAAUAAAGUAUUUAUUAAAGUC